GCAGCAGAGCAGCACACACCCUCUUUUUUAAGUCCAGAUAGUGUCAGCUGUGCACAAACUACCUGCUGAGGUGUCUACAGCGGCAGCCGCUCGGUCUAACAUGGCCAACGAUCUGAAAAUGCUCCUGGAGUCUUCACUGAAUGAGAUCUUUAAAGCGACAGUGAGCGACAUCCUGGACUCAGUGGACAGGACCCUGUCCGAGUACCAGGGCAAAAUACAGAGGAUCGAGUCUGAAAACGAGGGCCUGAAGCGGCUGCUGUUUGCAGAGAAGAAGUCUGCUGUUAGAGAUACACGCAAACAAGAUGCCACUGAAAGCUGUGAACCCUCAGAAUGGAACAAUCUUCCCCUCGGCUCCUCCCAGAGCAUGUUCACCAUGUCGAUAUGCAGCAGUGACAAGAAGAGCUCCAGGAGGAAGCACAAAGACAAGAUGAGGGAGCGCAUAUCCUCUACCUCCUUUGUGCUGCAGACUAAUCAUAUAGCAGAGCAACCAUGUGUGAACACAUCAGAGGUAGGUGUGUCCACCCAAAACUUGAUAUCCAUAAAAACAGAGCCAGACCUGGAUGACAACAGUGCCAUAGACCUUUCCCAGCCUUCACCUGUUCUCAAUCUGACAAUGAAGCAGAUAAAAACUGAGAGCCCAGAGGUCACUUACAGUUGUGAUGCAUAUGCGCACCUGCCGCCAUCUUCAGGCCCCGGACAGGACUCCAGAGACAGUGAUAGUACUGUUAAAGUCACCAUUGUUUCUGACAGCUACAUCGUGAAGGAUGAGUGUGGACAGUAUAUUAAGACAGAGGAAGAGGAGCAGAAUGGUGUGUUACAGUAUGAUGACAAUGACAAAUCAGAGAGCCUUGCGUUGACAUAUUACAGUGAAUCAGAAAUUGAUCCUGAGGGAACGAGCCAACAUGUCGUGAAGCCAGACAUACAGAAUCACGAGGACAAUAAUUCACCCGCUGUUCCUGCAGAUGAAUUUUUGGAUAUUUGUGACAACUUUUUGCGUUGUCCCUCCUGUCCUAAAACAUUUAGUCAAGCAAAUUCACUCAACAUCCACAUCAAGACUCACAGCAGUGAGAAGGCCCACUGCUGCAACUACUGUGGCAAGCGUUUUAGUCGGGCUGACCUCCUCAAAUCCCACAAACGUACCCACACAGGAGAAAGGCCCUACAGCUGCAAUAUUUGCACUAAAACAUACGCCCAUCCCAGUCAGCUCAGAAUACACAAACGUAUCCACACUGGAGAGAAGCCGUACUCCUGCUCCCAUUGUGCAAAGCGCUUCAACGAGCACAACCAGCUCAAGGUCCACUUGCGGACGCACACUGGAGAAAGGCCUUACAGCUGCCAGGAGUGCGGGAAAACUUUCAGUAAUGCAGGAAACUUGCGAAUACAUGAGAGGAUCCACACUGGGGAGAAGCCAUACUGCUGUGCUCAGUGUGGAAAGCGCUUCAAUGGCUUGGGUGACCUCAAAACACAUUACAGGAUUCACACUGGAGAGAGGCCCUACAGCUGCGAGCUGUGUAAAAAGACUUUUAGCCAGGCGGGCCACCUCACCAUACACAUGCGGAUGCACACAGGAGAAAGACCGUACAGCUGCAAAGAGUGUGGCAAGAAGUUCACGGUGGCCAGCAGCCUUAAACUGCACCAGAGGACUCACACAGGAGAGAAGGAGUACAGCUGCUCGUAUUGCAACAAGAGCUUCAGUAGGUCAGGACACCUGAAGCGUCACGAGCUGGUCCACACCAAAGAGAAGGUCUUCCUCUGCAGCCUGUGCGGUAAGACCUACACUGACCAGUCGUCCCUCAAAAAGCACCUGAAGAUGCACGCAGCCAAGGAGCAGAAGGCUCAGAGCGAGGCUGAAACAAACCCAGUCAAACCUUCAGGUUCAGAAACACUUUUUCAACACUGCUAAAAAUUCCUUAGAGGUGGAUAGUAUAAAAGCUGCUGCAACAGGAGGAGUACCUACACAGAGAGUUAGAGCUCCUUUUAAUUUUAUUGGCUAGUUUUAUUGGGUAGGUUUCCUGAAGAAGACCUGUAAUAGUUCAAUAAGUUGCUAAUAAAGGGAGCUGUGAUUCUAGUGUGCAGAUACUCCUUGUAUUGCAAUUGAAUUUUUGUAUCCAGCACCUAACCCUCUGAGGUUUUGUGAAUGUGCACACAACUACUUCAAUCUGUGAUAUAAAAGUUGUACUUGAUUUAAAAAAAAAAAAUGAAGUCAUCUUUAAUCAAGGUCCACUUAGUAGAUUUUUUAUGAGCCUUCAACCACAUUUUAUGGCCUACAUCAGCAGAUGGAGUUUGGUAAUUUGUCAAACACCAAACUAGUCCCACCUUGCCCUAUUUGCACCCCACCCUGUAUACACCCAGUUGUUAUUUAGUGGUUGGUUAGAUUUGAAAAACAAUCAAGGGAGUUAGGUUUGAGUAACAGAGCCCUGAUUUUUUUAAAGGCUCAUCAGACACUCGAACACUAGCUUAUAAUGUUAUGAAGAAUGAUUUUUGACAACUCUAGAAAGUUGUAGCAGUAAACAGUAGCAAUACAUUAUAAAGCAAACUAACAGAAAUGUGUGCUUGGAUGUGUUUGAUGAGCCAACCGGAUUAAUCAGUGGCGUUGUCCCUUUCCAAUUAGUGAAGGAGGGGAGAUUUUUCAUGCAGCUCUUGUCUGUCUGAAUGUGGCCUAAAAGAUUGUAUUCUGUGGUUGAAAAAAAAACUGUAAGAGGACCUUGAGAUAAGAUGAUUUGUGAAACUACUGUUCCCAUAGUCACAAAUGAACCUUCAUGCUCAAACCUCAAUGUGAUGUUUGUGGUACAGUGCAAUACACUGUUAUAUUUGUUGUGAUUUAAUAGGUCAACAUAUUUGCCAAUACUGUAUAAAUUAUUUAAAUUUUAUCGAUAAACUCUAAUAUUCUCCAUUCCCUCUCACAACACAGUGUAAGACUUACAGACAAAAGAUGGGACCAUAAAAGAACAAGUUGUUCUUUUACACUUGCCGUACAUUUCCAAAACAUUGGUGACAUGUUUUGCAAGAAAAUUAAUUUUCAUCUGAAGUGUUUCUGAGGGAGACACUAAAUGACAGAUCCAGGUUUCUGUUUUCCAGCUAGUCCUGACCUUUGACCUCUCUGUAAAGAGGACAAAGUUGCCUCACACACGGUCAGUUAAAAAACAAUAAUGUUGUUUUAGAAUAAAAUAGCUUUUACACACAUUUACACACUUUGUAGUAGCCAGAGGGUUAGACAUGUAUGGUCCACCAUUCUCAGUGCAGAUUAUUAAUAUAAUGCUGUAUAUAGCUUUAACUAUACAGUCAACAGUCAGAUCCAUUAAACUGACACAAAUGUAUUAAUGUAAUAACUUUGCUAAAAAUUAUGUUAGCGCACAUAAUCUGUUCUAAUUGACCAGCUUUCAAUAGCAAAUCAAUGAUUGUUUUGGAAGCCAUACUGAUCUCAAAGAAUGUCGAGCUUCUACCGUAGAUUUGUUGUAGGUUGUUCACUGUGCUAAAAGGAAAUGUGUCCUAAAAAUACUUAUGACACACCGGAGAAGCAACUCUUGUUUUGAUGAUGCGGCUACUGUUUGUUGUGGCAACUGGUUGAUAUACCUGCAUAGCAGUUAAACUGAGUGUUUGCUACUAGGAGGUUAUUGUGACUUAGUUUUGUGCAAUUUGUGUCCAAAAUAAAGACAACCCUUAACCAACA